AUGGAAGCGAAGCAGCCGGUGGCAUCCAUCCACCUCUGUGGGAUUUGCAUCUCCGUGUGGCUUUGGCCGGCACCUGGGAGCAGAUCAGCUUCCGAAGACGAUAUCGACCGCGAUCGACGAGAGAAGAUGGCUAUCAUCAAGAAUCCUUUCCGCAAGCAGGACGAGAAUAUUCGACCUCAAGUCACACAGUUCGAUUCUGACAAGAAAGAGGCGAAUGGCGUCAAGCAUAUCGACAUUGACAAUAAACAACCCACUGAAUAUCAAAUGAGUGAAGUGAACGACUCGGGAGUAUUUCUGCCACCGUCUCCUACAGAGAAGAAGAGCUUCUGGGGAGGAACGACAGCGUCGCGAUCGACUACUUCGUCAUCUUUGCACCGAUGCGCUUUUGACGAGAAUGAACCUUUCAACAUUUCCAGAGAAUCAUUCGACUCUUAUCGCAGAUCUUUCGACAUUUCGGCACGUUCGCCCGUCAUUCAGCCUCUGGAAGGACGACCACGCGCAUCGCUCGACAGUCGGACCUUUCAGCCUCCACGUUCGUCAAACUCCUACCACCGACCUCUGCAGGUGCCACAAACUCAAGAGGAAGAUAAGUUUGAGGAUGUGAACCUGGAAGAAUCAAAGCCCCAGCCAAAGAAGCGCGGAUUGUUCGCGAGAAUGGCAGAUAGUGUCCCCGGCGUCGGUAACGAUUCGUCGGAAAGACCGACCAGCCAGGACAAGAGCAGCAGCUGGCACCAUUUUGGAGGCAGGAAACGUGGACAGAGCGGACAAGGAUCAGAACUGGGCGCAAUUCCAAAGCGUGAAGAGACGCCGAAGCCCGAGAAGCAGCAACAACCACAGCAACGGACACAGGCGCAGACUCCAGAGACGAAGACAGAAACGAAGAAGGAUGCAGUGCAGACGCCUGAGGUCAAGGUGGAUUCUUAG